AUGGUUAUGAAACCACCUUAAAAAGAAAAAAAUGAAGUGUGUGCUUGUGUGUGUGCGCGCAAGAAACCCUGAUAAUACAUUUUAACAUGUUAUUUUUUAAGUCUUGCCAUUUACAUUAAAAAUGGCAGUAUUUUACUUAGUUUACUUAGUUUGGAUAUUCUUCUUAAUUAAAUGUUUUAGUUUGGAUAAGACAAUUGAUCAUGAGUUGACCAGUUGCCUUAUUGAAACUAAAACAUUUAAUUAAGAAGAACAUUUGAAUUUAUGUCCUCAGUUAUUGCCCUUGCUCGUGGUGGCCAUACUACCGUACUAUCCAGAAGGGAUCUAUUUGGUUAGGAGUCAGUCUUAGUUUAGCCUCUGAUCCAUACUCAUACAUGGUGUAAAUGUAAUGCACUGUUGUAACCAUUUUUUCCUGACUUUUCCACACUUUUUUAUUUGAGCCUAGCCAUGUAUGCACAAGAAAGGGUGGAACUGGGUGUGAGAAGAUCAGGUGAGGGCAUUGCAACACACACCCACACACAAACACACACACACAGUCAGACUAAGGGGAAACACACUUCACCAGUCCAGCUCCUCUCUCAUGAACAUCUGCCUUUCACAUUUCAGAGGAAAUACCAUUAGGAUUAAAUCCAACAUUCUGCUUAAACUCCACAAGUUUAAACUGCAUGCAAGACCGCUGUUAGUCUCCACCAAUCAUUGGGAACUUUGACCCUUCCAAAGGAUAUGGAUCUCCAUCUAUAGCAUCCAUUGUGCCAUAAGCCAUGGCUGAACCACCACCUCCACCACCACCACCUCCUCCUCCUCCUCCACCACCCCCCGCGCCGCCUGCAGGGGGGAGGCAGAUCUCCCGUGGAUCCAGAGCAGGUUCCAAGUUGAGGAACUUCAACUGGGAGGCCAUACCUCAGGACACAGUGCUGGGCAAACACAACAUCUGGACAGCAGAAAAGAAGAAGGAGUAUGAGCUCGACACGCAGCGCAUGGAGGAACUGUUCAGCCGUAAUGACCGGACUGAUGGUCAGGUUCAGGCAUCCAAACGAAGAAGUGUAAGAGGCAUGCCAAGCAACAUCCAAGGACCUGAAAUGGUGUCAAUUCUUGGCUCCAAGAAGAACAUGAACAUCAGCAUUUUUCUCAAGCAGUUCAAACGGUCAGUAAAGGAGCUCAUUGAGGACAUCCACAGUGGAAAGAGUGAAAGAUUUGGUUCUGGGAAGCUGCAGGAGCUUUUGAAACUGAUGCCUGAGUCUGGAGAGGUGAAGCAGCUUCUAGCUUUUAAAGGAGACUAUUCAGCACUUUCUGAGGCUGAUCAGUUCAUGGUUCAACUUGUAAAGCUUCAAAGCUACGAGGGGCGGCUGAAAUGUUUAAUUCUCAAAGAGGAAUUUCCCCAUUUUAUGGAUGAGGUGAAUCAUUCCAUUAGCACUAUGACCGCUGCUGGGAAAGAGCUGUUGGAUUGUGUUGACCUUCAUUCCGUCAUCCGCCUGGUGCUGAAGACUGGGAACUACAUGAAUGCUGAUGGCUACGCUGGCAGCGCUGUGGGCUUCCGCAUGACCUCCCUGCUGAAACUCGCCGACACGAAAGCCAACAAACCAGGAAUGAACCUCAUGCACUAUGUUGUGAUGCAAGCUCAGAAGAGUGACGCUGCUCUGCUGAAGUUUCCAGAACAACUCACACACAUUGGAGAUGCCGCGAGAAUCCACAAACAGGAAAUUGAAUCAGAGUUCCAAAGAAAAGUGAGCGAAGUCCAGGAGGCGAAGAAGGGCGCUGAUAAACAAGCUGACCUGGCCGAACAGAUGAAAGACUUUUUUUGGCAUGCUGAAUCCAGGAUCACUGAAACGCAGGCCUCCUUCCAUACACUGAACAAAGUCACUGAAUCUGUGGCUGAGUAUUUUUGUGAGGAACCGAGUGAGUUUAAACUGGACGAGUGCUGCUCCAUUUUCAAUUCCUUUUGUGAGCGAUUCACCCGAGCCCUUCAGGAGAACAUGGAGCGUGAGAUGGCCGAGGUUAAGCGGAAACAGAAAGAGCGACUGCAGUCUGCUGCCAAGCGGCGCUCCACAGCCACCUGCUCAUCACGGGACAGAGACAUGGAGGGUAUAGCGCUGGAGUCGGUUCUCCAAAGGUUCCUGAAUGCACCUGGGUCUCGCAGGAGAGCAAGAACCCCCUCGCCAACCAGUGCCAACCUUGCUGAGAUCUCAUUACAAAAGAACCAGCUCAACAAAGACCCCAAAAAGCAGAGCUGGUCUUUGAACAUGUCCCAGUCCUCCCUUGGUAAGGAGAACUCAGAGGAUGAAAGGCCAGAGAAGAAAAGUCUGCUGUGGAGAAAAUCUACUGAGCGUGCAUCAGUGGUAAAUGAGGAUGAGGAAAUUCCAUCUGAGAAAGAGGUGCAGAAAUUGAGAGAAGUGUCCCAAAGAGUGCUGCACUACCAAUCUAGCCGUGGGAGCGCGUCUUCUGCGGAAUAUAUUUCCCCAGUCAGUUCUCCACAACGACGCGUGUUUCCAGAGGAUCGAGAAAAACUGAUGUCUGUUACAAAUGGCGAGGAUGCAACCAAACCCCUAAAAAGCCCACUGCUUUUGAUUCCAAAAAGCCCUGGUGGUAUCGGCCGUCGGCACACAAUCACACUUCCUACGGCAGAUUUGAGCAGAACUGACACUGACGAGGAUCAGUUUGUUCCCUGUGAGCCAGAAAAUGAAAGCCCUAGAAAUCAAAUUCUGUCUCUUGGGAAUAUUGGUAAGAUCAAAUCAGUGGACAGCUAUCUGCCACCUACAAAUGAUGGCGUAGGUAAUAAAGUGCCAUCCAGCACUCCAAUGGGCAAAUCGGAGAAAGUGGACAUAGCAGAAGUACGGCAAGAGACUGAUGAGAGCUUAUGCAGUUCUCAGCAAAAUUCUUCAGUCAAUGCACAGAACACCCACCCCAAGAGGAGCUCUCGAUUAAUAUCCUUUUUCAAACGUUUGGGUGAAAAGAGCAAAAUGAGCAAUAGAGAACCUGAGUCCAGUAGUGUGGACCCCUAACAAACAUCUUACAGUCAUUGGGUCAGGUGGUUGAUAGAGCUGUCUUUUUUAAUCUGGGUGUGGUCCAGAAACCAAUCUCUGGUACACCUUAAAAUUACUCAGGGCUUUGCUUUAAGUUUGCAGUAUGUAUGAAAGCUCCAGUCCUCAGUUCAAGGUGUCAAGUAACAUGGUAGAGCUGUACACAGGUACUGGAAUGACCUUUAUGGUGCGAGGUUUUUGCUUAGCUAAACGUCAUCUUAGCAAGAAAGGUGCAUCACUUGCAGGUGCUCCUGAGUGAUGACAUGCCACAGCUGUUUGAAUGUUUGCAUGGUUUGAAUGUUGGUAAUGGGACCAGAGUACGAUUAUUGAGAUCAAUCAAUCGAUGUACAUAAUGUCUCCCUUUUUACAACAAAAGUGUGUACACAGUAGAAAUAACGUAUCGAUUUGCUCAACCAAUGAGUCCAAACCCCAACCUCUAAACUCUUAAACCACAAACAAGCCCAGAAUGGUUACUAGCAUGAAUGAAUGAAUGAAUGAAUGAAUGAAUGAAUGAAUGAAUGAACAGUGUCAAUGUUAAAACACAUGCAAAUUAAUGCAACAGCAAAGAAUCUAGAACCCUGAAGGGUUAUUCAAUUGGAACCCUUAAGGCUUCUGUGUAGAACCCCUUCCACAGUAGGAAAAGGUUCCAGAUAGAACCCUUUAAAGGGUACUUUUUCUGAGAGUAUACUGGCAAAAUCACAAUGCAAUAAUAAAUAAUAGGGGUUGCAUGACUAUACAUUUUACUAGUUGGUCAAAAAGUCAAAAAAUAAUUCAUAGUCAAAUCAAUAACUGAUUUAGGAUAUUGCUAUUUUUAGGAUAUUUCAUUAAAUGCUGAUUAAACAACAGCAAAGAAUAGAUCAGUCCAAACUAACAGCCAUAUACAGGCUAUAAAUUAUGUUUCCAGCUUCAGUGCUUUGUUAUGGUACACUAUUAGUUACGAAAAUAAAUAACUCAGUACAAUACAUAUGUAAAAUAAUAAAUCCGUGUAUCAUAUUACACUGUUUAAGGACAUACUAAUUCUUAAUAUACACUUGUACGGAUGGCCUGGUGCCUCAGCAGUAAUUGUUGAUUCUGAAACUGAAAGCGCACAGCACAGAAGCUCAUGUCCAUCAACAAAGCUCUCGUUAGAGUUUAAUGCAGCGCCUUCCUUGAAUGGAGGAAGCUAUGUCUACAGCAUCGACCGGGAGGUCUUUCUGCCAUGUUCAACUCGCGGUGGGAUUAAUAAAACUGUCACGCUUCAUACAAAGUGAUAUCAAAGUGAUAAUGUUCCAUUAAUGCAAAAGAAAAUAAAAAUGUACUGUCAACUGUAGAAUUGGAAAUAUUUUCAGACUAAGAAAGUAGAUUUAGCCUGAAUUUCCGUCCCAUCGCCCUCGCUCAGCAUUCCUAAAGCAGAGACUAGUGAAUGUAUUAGUCAAAAAGUCUAUGAAACUCCUAUGAAAUACAGAGAGAUUUGUCUAAGCUGCGAUGGAACAGAUGUUCCUUUAGGGUGCACUGUUUGCCAUCAUGUUUUUAGAAGCACUGCAGUCCAGGUCUAAUUUAAUGUGUGUUCUGUCUGAAUAAAAAUGUCCCAUAUGGAUUUUUACUACAAGUGGAACAAUGCAAAAAGUUUUUUUUUUUUUUUUUAUUUCAAAAAGUGAUAGAUGUUCGUGUGCUUGGCGUUACUGAUUUUUUGUAAUAAACUUCAGUCGGUUUUAAAACACUUACUUCUCCUUAGUACAUGAUACUCUGGGUCAUGUUAAGGUGAAACGUGAAAAGUCUGUCUGUAAAUCUGAACCAAAACAUGAUAUUUAUAGCUGUUCACUGUGGAUACACAUAUUUUGGAUUCCUAACCAUGGGAAAGACUCCGUUUCCAUUUUGGGACUCCAUUUCCAUCAGUAUUGUUUAUACUGAUCAGCACCAAGAUAAAUAAAAGACAGACUGUAGAUGUGAAAAUAAAUUAUACACUGGUAUCUGUGUAAAAUCUGAAGAGGUGGACAAACAGUUGUGAACAAGGGUUACAAGUUUAAAUAAAUGUUAUAAUAUAUUUAUAGGAUGUUGCAGAUUAUACUGCGUAUGUAAUACUGAAGGCAGAAAGCAAGGGUGUUUUCUUUAACUGUGUGGUAUUGAUGUGUUUCCCCCAGUUUUUUCAAUACCCUGUUAAAUGUUGCACUGGAUUCUAAUGUUCUUAUGUUUUACUCUAGUUUUAUACAAGGAUUCUGGACUAAUGUCAAUAUCCGAUAUUUGUCAUGUGCAUGUCUUUCUAUUCAUACAAAUGUAUCUAAAGUAGAAGUCUGGACUACAUCCACCUGGAUAAGCACUGUGGAUAUUUAUUUUAAUUUUCUAGACCAUUAAAACAGCAAAGUUAAAGAUGUAUUCUGUUUCUA